AUGUCGCAGGAUUCUCUCUGCGCAAUCGUAACUUCUCGCGUUUGCGGCUGCUCCGGGGUCUUAUCCUCGCCCGCUCUUGGGGAGAUCUUCACUGCCUUCCGCUCCUCGGCCUCUGUCGCACAGCAACACCGUCGAACAUGCCUGUUCGACCGGUCAACCCCACGGGACGAAGGACCGCUCGGCCAGUCUACUGCCAAGAGCCUCCCACGUGCACAUGGCAAGACGAUCGUCUCGUACAAGGACUGUGCCGCGGAAGAAGUCGAGGCUUCUACUCGCGUUGCGAUACUUGCGAAGGACAACACCCCCGUGCUCCUCCACUGCUCAUCCGGAGUCCGGCGGACUAGUGUGUUCAUCGCCAUCGACGCCGUCCGCGGCAAGAUGCAGAAGCACAAGGAGGCCUAUGUCGACGACCUUGUCAUCUCGCAAGCCGCGUCGGAGAUCAGGGCCACUGAACCCACGGCUCCGGUCUCUGUCGGCGACUGCGAAGUUGGUGUCCCUGUCGCCGGCUUCACCUCGAACUUCAUGGAUGUCGACGCCCGCUCCCGUCCGCCCCCUGUCGCCUCCACGCCCCACACGCUGCCGCGCUCGUCCGACGCGGUCCGGUCCCCGACACUGCAGGCUUCGCCCGGGCCCGUGGGGGGACGAUGCCCCGCUCUGCCCGUCGGGGACCAGCCACACGUGUUCGAGCGCUGGCAACAGCGGCGGCUCCGCGGGUCGGAGCAGUGGGAACACGCGAACUCCCGUCCGGCGGCCAAGCUCGCCAGAGAUGAGCGCGUCGGACGGCCUCCCGAGCUCCGUCAUCGGAAGGACGGGGAGGUUGUGCGUCAACGUCCUGCAAUCGACGUCGACGAGCUCAGGUUCCCGUCCCUCGUCGACACCGCCCGUGCCGUCAGCGAGCGAUACGGCUUCUAG